AUGUUUCUAGAAGAAUCAAAGAGUACACUGAGCAAACGUCAAUAUGUAUCCUCAGCGACAAUGCAACUCCAACAGCUCAAGAUCGCCAUUUGUACCCCUGUAGCUUGGAUGUGUGCAUUAUGGGUGUUUAUCUCACAUGCUAUUAGUCCAGCGAAUACGCAGAUUCUCUUUUACUUUUUGACCGACGUGCUGCACUUUACUCCCGAAUUUCUAGGAACUGUAUCCGCUAUUGGCUUUAUUUUUCUAAUGGUAGGGACAAUGCUGUACAGCACAUUCUUCACGAACGUGUCAUUUCGCCGAAUUUUCCUAGUUGCACAGCUCUCCCUGGCUUUUAUCUCACUACUAGACGUCGUCUUGAUGACGCGUACGAAUCUUAAGCUCGGCAUUCCAGACAAGGCUUUUGUGCUUGGUGACCACGUGGUUGCAGACGUAAUUGGUCGGUUGAAAACCAUGCCUAUAAUGGUUCUCUGUGCAAAGCUGUGCCCUAGAGGAAUCGAGGGCACGCUGUUUGCAUUGCUCAUGUUCAUUUCGAACAUUUCAAACAGUGUUAGUGAGUUUUGGGGCGCUAUUCUCUGUGACUGGAUGGGUAUUGCCAAGGACGAAUACGAUAUGUUGGGGACGGCCAUUGUGGUGCGCAGCGUGCUGAAAGUGGUACCAAUCUUUUUUCUCUUCUUGAUUCCGACAUCAGACCCACGGGAUAUUAUCGACAAGUUGGACUUUGAUUCCUCACCUCAUGAUGGCCAGCAAGACAAUGAUGACGAGUCUUGUACGAUUCGAAAAGACCAGAGAGUAGAUACUUGCUCACCUUCAGAAAAAAUACUUGUGAAAGGUGUAAAUUGA